AUGGAUCAGUGGGGGAUCACGGAUCCACCAGUGGAUCAGUGGUGGAUCAGUGGGGGAUCACGGUGGAUCACGGAUCCACCAGUGGAUCAGUGGGGGAUCACGGUGGAUCAGUGGGGGAUCACGGUGGAUCAGUGGGGGAUCACGGUGGAUCAGUGGGGGAUCACGGUGGAUCAGUGGGGGAUCACGUGGGGGAUCACGGUGGAUCAGUGGGGGAUCAUGGGGGAUCAGUGGUGGAUCACGGUGGAUCAGUGGGGGAUCAUGGGGGAUCAGUGGUGGAUCACGGUGGAUCAGUGGGGGAUCAUGGGGGAUCAGUGGUGGAUCACGGUGGAUCACGGUGGAUCAGUGGGGGAUCACGGUGGAUCAGUGGGGGAUCAGUGGUGGAUCAGUGGUGGAUCACGGUGGAUCACGGUGGAUCAGUGGGGGAUCAGUGGUGGAUCAGUGGGGGAUCAGUGGGGGAUCAGUGGGGGAUCAGUGGGGGAUCAGUGGUGGAUCAGUGGGGGAUCAGUGGGGGAUCAGUGGGGGAUCAGUGGGGGAUCAGUGGGGGAUCAUGGUGGAUCAGUGGGGGAUCAUGGGGGAUCAGUGGUGGAUCACGGUGGAUCACGGUGGAUCAGUGGGGGAUCAGUGGUGGAUCAGUGGUGGAUCAGUGGGGGAUCAGUGGGGGAUCAGUGGGGGAUCACGGUGGAUCAGUGGGGGAUCAUGGGGGAUCAGUGGUGGAUCACGGUGGAUCAGUGGGGGAUCAUGGGGGAUCAGUGGUGGAUCACGGUGGAUCAUGGGGGAUCAGUGGUGGAUCACGGUGGAUCAGUGGGGGAUCACGGUGGAUCAGUGGGGGAUCAGUGGUGGAUCACGGUGGAUCACGGUGGAUCAGUGGGGGAUCAGUGGUGGAUCACGGUGGAUCAGUGGGGGAUCAGUGGUGGAUCACGGUGGAUCAGUGGGGGAUCAUGGGGGAUCAGUGGUGGAUCACGGUGGAUCAUGGGGGAUCAGUGGUGGAUCACGGUGGAUCAGUGGGGGAUCACGGUGGAUCAGUGGGGGAUCAGUGGUGGAUCACGGUGGAUCACGGUGGAUCAGUGGGGGAUCAGUGGUGGAUCAGUGGUGGAUCAGUGGUGGAUCAGUGGGGGAUCAGUGGGGGAUCAGUGGGGGAUCAGUGGGGGAUCAGUGGUGGAUCACGGUGGAUCACGGUGGAUCAGUGGGGGAUCAGUGGUGGAUCAGUGGUGGAUCAGUGGUGGAUCAGUGGGGGAUCAGUGGGGGAUCAGUGGUGGAUCAGUGGUGGAUCAGUGGGGGAUCAGUGGGGGAUCAGUGGUGGAUCAGUGGUGGAUCACGGUGGAUCAGUGGUGGAUCACGGUGGAUCAGUGGUGGAUCAGUGGUGGAUCAGUGGUGGAUCAGUGGGGGAUCACGGUGGAUCAGUGGGGGAUCACGGUGGAUCAGUGGGGGAUCACGGUGGAUCAGUGGGGGAUUAGUGGGGAUCACGGUGGAUCAGUGGGGGAUCAGUGGGGGAUCACGGUGGAUCAGUGGGGGAUCAUGGGGGAUCAGUGGUGGAUCACGGUGGAUCAGUGGGGGAUCAUGGGGGAUCAGUGGUGGAUCACGGUGGAUCAGUGGGGGAUCAUGGGGGAUCAGUGGUGGAUCACGGUGGAUCACGGUGGAUCAGUGGGGGAUCACGGUGGAUCAGUGGGGGAUCAGUGGUGGAUCAGUGGUGGAUCACGGUGGAUCACGGUGGAUCAGUGGGGGAUCAGUGGUGGAUCAGUGGUGGAUCAGUGGGGGAUCAGUGGGGGAUCAGUGGGGGAUCAGUGGUGGAUCAGUGGUGGAUCAGUGGGGGAUCAGUGGGGGAUCAGUGGUGGAUCAGUGGUGGAUCAGUGGUGGAUCAGUGGGGGAUCAGUGGGGGAUCAGUGGUGGAUCAGUGGGGGAUCAGUGGGGGAUCAGUGGGGGAUCACGGUGGAUCAGUGGGGGAUCAUGGGGGAUCACGGUGGAUCAGUGGGGGAUCAUGGGGGAUCAGUGGUGGAUCACGGUGGAUCAGUGGGGGAUCAGUGGUGGAUCAGUGGGGGAUCAGUGGGGGAUCAGUGGGGGAUCAUGGGGGAUCACGGUGGAUCAGUGGGGGAUCAUGGGGGAUCAGUGGUGGAUCACGGUGGAUCAGUGGGGGAUCAUGGGGGAUCAGUGGUGGAUCACGGUGGAUCAUGGGGGAUCAGUGGUGGAUCACGGUGGAUCAGUGGGGGAUCACGGUGGAUCAGUGGGGGAUCAGUGGUGGAUCACGGUGGAUCACGGUGGAUCAGUGGGGGAUCAGUGGGGGAUCAGUGGUGGAUCACGGUGGAUCAGUGGGGGAUCAUGGGGGAUCAGUGGUGGAUCACGGUGGAUCAUGGGGGAUCAGUGGUGGAUCACGGUGGAUCAGUGGGGGAUCACGGUGGAUCAGUGGGGGAUCAGUGGUGGAUCACGGUGGAUCACGGUGGAUCAGUGGGGGAUCAGUGGUGGAUCAGUGGUGGAUCAGUGGUGGAUCAGUGGUGGAUCAGUGGGGGAUCAGUGGGGGAUCAGUGGGGGAUCAGUGGGGGAUCAGUGGUGGAUCACGGUGGAUCAGUGGGGGAUCAGUGGUGGAUCAGUGGUGGAUCAGUGGGGGAUCAGUGGGGGAUCAGUGGUGGAUCAGUGGUGGAUCAGUGGGGGAUCAGUGGGGGAUCAGUGGUGGAUCAGUGGUGGAUCACGGUGGAUCAGUGGUGGAUCACGGUGGAUCAGUGGUGGAUCACGGUGGAUCAGUGGUGGAUCAGUGGUGGAUCAGUGGUGGAUCAGUGGGGGAUCACGGUGGAUCAGUGGGGGAUCACGGUGGAUCAGUGGGGGAUCUCGGUGGAUCAGUGGGGGAUCUCGGUGGAUCAGUGGGGGAUCAGUGGGGGAUCAGUGGUGGAUCAGUGGGGGAUCAGUGGUGGAUCACGGUGGAUCAGUGGUGGAUCACGGUGGAUCAGUGGGGGAUCUCGGUGGAUCAGUGGGGGAAUCUCGGUGGAUCAGUGGGGGAUCACGGUGGAUCAGUGGUGGAUCAGUGGGGGAUCUCGGUGGAUCAGUGGGGGAUCUCGGUGGAUCAGUGGGGGAUCUCUGUGGAUCAGGAUCUCGGUGGAUCAGUGGGGGAUCACGGUGGAUCACGGGUGGAUCACGGUGGAUCAGUGGUGGAUCAGUGGGGGUAUCACGGUGGAUCAGUGGUGGAUCACGGUGGAUCACGGGUGGAUCAGUGGUGGAUCAGUGGUGGAUCACGGUGGAUCACGGUGGAUCAGUGGGGGAUCACGGUGGAUCACUGGGGGAUCACGGUGGAUCACGGUGGAUCAGUGGUGGAUCAGUGGGGGAUCAGUGGUGGAUCACGGUGGAUCACGGUGGAUCAGUGGGGGAUCACGGUGGAUCAGUGGGGGAUCAGUGGUGGAUCAGUGGUGGAUCAGUGGUGGAUCAGCGGUGGAUCAGUGGGGGAUCACGGGUGGAUCAGUGGGGGAUCAGUGGUGGAUCACGGGUGGAUCACGGUGGAUCAGUGGUGGAUCAGUGGUGGAUCAGUGGUGGAUCAGUGGUGGAUCACGGGUGGAUCAGCGGUGGAUCAGCGGUGGAUCACGGGUGGAUCAGCGGGGGAUCAGUGGUGGAUCACGGGUGGAUCACGGUGGAUCAGUGGUGGAUCAGUGGUGGAUCACGGGUGGAUCAGCGGGGGAUCACGGGUGGAUCACGGUGGAUCAGUGGUGGAUCAGUGGUGGAUCACGGGGGAUCAGUGGGGGAUCACGGUGGAUCAGUGGUGGAUCACGGGGGAUCAGUGGUGGAUCACGGGGGAUCAGUGGUGGAUCACGGGGGAUCAGUGGUGGAUCACGGGUGGAUCAGUGGGGGAUCACGGUGGAUCAGUGGUGGAUCACGGGUGGAUCAGUGGGGGAUCAGUGUGGAUCACGGUGGAUCACGGGGGAUCAGUGGGGGAUCACGGUGGAUCAGUGGGGGAUCUCGGUGGAUCACGGGGGGAUCACGGUGGAUCACGGUGGAUCACGGGGGAUCAGUGGUGGAUCACGGGGGAUCAGUGGGGGAUCAGCGGUGGAUCAGUGGGGGAUCUCGGUGGAUCAGUGGGGGAUCUCGGUGGAUCACGGGGGGAUCAGCGGGGGAUCACGCCGCUUCUCUCCGAUGGCCAUCGAUGGCGUGACGAGCCUGGCGGGGAUAAACCUCCCGGGCCACGCCGGCACGGGCUGGUGCAUCUUUGUCUACAACCUGGCGCCCGACGCAGACGAGAGCAUCCUGUGGCAGAUGUUUGGGCCCUUUGGAGCCGUCACCAACGUCAAAGUCAUCCGCGACUUCAACACAAACAAAUGCAAAGGAUUUGGGUUCGUCACCAUGACUAACUACGACGAGGCGGCGGUGGCUAUUGCCAGUUUAAACGGAUAUCGUCUCGGCGACCGCGUGCUGCAAAGAAAAGAGGCGUCGGCGCUGGGCCUGGCGCUGAUGGACCGUCUGGACUGGAUUAAACUGCACUGCUGCGAUCCACCUGCUGCGAUCCAUCCGCUGCGAUCCACCUGCUGCGAUCCACCCGCUGCGAUCCACCCGCUGCGAUCCACCCGCUGCGAUACACCCGCUGCGAUCCACCCGCUGCAAUCCACCCGCUGCGAUCCACCCGCUGCGAUCCACCCGCUGCGAUCCACCCGCUGCGAUACACCCGCUGCGAUCCACCCGCUGCGAUCCACCCGCUGCGAUCCACCCGCUGCGAUCCACCCGCUGCGAUCCACCCGCUGCGAUCCACCCGCUGCGAUCCACCCGCUGCGAUCCACCCGCUGCGAUACACCCGCUGCGAUCCACCCGCUGCGAUCCACCCGCUGCGAUCCACCCGCUGCAAUACACCCGCUGCAAUCCACCCGCUGCAAUACACCUGCUGCAAUACACCUGCUGCAAUCCACCUGCUGCAAUACACCUGCUGCAAUACACCCGCUGCGAUCCAUCUGCUGCAAUCCACCUGCUGCAAUACACCUGCUGCAAUACACCUGCUGCAAUCCAUCUGCUGCAAUCCAUCUGCUGCAAUCCACCUGCUGCAAUCCACCUGCUGCGAUCCACCUGCUGCGAUACACCUGCUGCGAUCCAUCUGCUGCGAUCCACCUGCUGCGAUCCACCUGCUGCGAUCCACCCGCUGCAAUACACCCGCUGCAAUACACCCGCUGCAAUACACCCGCUGCAAUACACCCGCUGCAAUACACCUGCUGCAAUCCACCUGCUGCAAUCCACCUGCUGCAAUCCACCCGCUGCAAUACACCCGCUGCAAUCCACCCGCUGCAAUCCACCCGCUGCAAUCCACCCGCUGCAAUCCACCCGCUGCAAUCCACCCGCUGCAAUCCACCCGCUGCAAUCCACCCGCUGCAAUCCACCUGCUGCAAUCCACCCGCUGCAAUCCAUCCGCUGCAAUCCACCUGCUGCAAUCCACCUGCUGCAAUCCACCCGCUGCAAUCCACCCGCUGCAAUCCACCCGCUGCAAUCCACCUGCUGCAAUCCACCCGCUGCAAUCCACCCGCUGCAAUCCACCCGCUGCAAUCCACCCGCUGCAAUCCACCCGCUGCAAUCCACCCGCUGCAAUCCACCUGCUGCAAUCCACCCGCUGCAAUCCACCCGCUGCAAUCCACCUGCUGCAAUCCACCCGCUGCAAUCCAUCUGCUGCAAUCCACCUGCUGCAAUCCACCUGCUGCAAUCCACCCGCUGCAAUCCACCCGCUGCAAUCCACCUGCUGCAAUCCACCCGCUGCAAUCCACCCGCUGCAAUCCACCUGCUGCAAUACACCCGCUGCAAUACACCCGCUGCAAUCCACCUGCUGCAAUCCACCUGCUGCAAUCCACCCGCUGCAAUCCACCCGCUGCAAUCCACCCGCUGCAAUCCAUCUGCUGCAAUCCACCUGCUGCAAUCCACCUGCUGCAAUCCACCCGCUGCAAUCCACCCGCUGCAAUCCACCCGCUGCAAUACACCCGCUGCAAUCCACCCGCUGCAAUACACCUGCUGCAAUACACCUGCUGCAAUCCACCUGCUGCAAUACACCUGCUGCAAUACACCCGCUGCGAUCCACCCGCUGCAAUACACCCGCUGCAAUACACCUGCUGCAAUCCACCUGCUGCAAUACACCUGCUGCAAUACACCCGCUGCGAUCCACCCGCUGCGAUCCACCCGCUGCAAUCCACCUGCUGCAAUACACCUGCUGCAAUACACCUGCUGCAAUCCACCUGCUGCAAUCCAUCUGCUGCAAUCCACCUGCUGCAAUACACCUGCUGCAAUACACCUGCUGCAAUCCAUCUGCUGCAAUCCAUCUGCUGCAAUCCACCUGCUGCAAUCCACCUGCUGCGAUCCACCUGCUGCGAUACACCUGCUGCGAUCCAUCUGCUGCGAUCCACCUGCUGCGAUCCACCUGCUGCGAUCCACCCGCUGCAAUACACCCGCUGCAAUACACCCGCUGCAAUACACCCGCUGCAAUACACCCGCUGCAAUACACCUGCUGCAAUCCACCUGCUGCAAUCCACCUGCUGCAAUCCACCCGCUGCAAUACACCCGCUGCAAUCCACCCGCUGCAAUCCACCCGCUGCAAUCCACCCGCUGCAAUCCACCCGCUGCAAUCCACCCGCUGCAAUCCACCCGCUGCAAUCCACCCGCUGCAAUCCACCUGCUGCAAUCCACCCGCUGCAAUCCAUCUGCUGCAAUCCACCUGCUGCAAUCCACCUGCUGCAAUCCACCCGCUGCAAUCCACCCGCUGCAAUCCACCCGCUGCAAUCCACCUGCUGCAAUCCACCCGCUGCAAUCCACCCGCUGCAAUCCACCCGCUGCAAUCCACCCGCUGCAAUCCACCCGCUGCAAUCCACCCGCUGCAAUCCACCUGCUGCAAUCCACCCGCUGCAAUCCACCCGCUGCAAUCCACCUGCUGCAAUCCACCCGCUGCAAUCCAUCUGCUGCAAUCCACCUGCUGCAAUCCACCUGCUGCAAUCCACCCGCUGCAAUCCACCCGCUGCAAUCCACCUGCUGCAAUCCACCCGCUGCAAUCCACCCGCUGCAAUCCACCUGCUGCAAUACACCCGCUGCAAUACACCCGCUGCAAUCCACCUGCUGCAAUCCACCUGCUGCAAUCCACCCGCUGCAAUCCACCCGCUGCAAUCCACCCGCUGCAAUCCAUCUGCUGCAAUCCACCUGCUGCAAUCCACCUGCUGCAAUCCACCCGCUGCAAUCCACCCGCUGCAAUCCACCCGCUGCAAUCCACCCGCUGCAAUCCAUCUGCUGCAAUCCACCUGCUGCAAUCCACCUGCUGCAAUCCACCUGCUGCAAUCCACCUGCUGCAAUACACCCGCUGCAAUACACCCGCUGCAAUACACCUGCUGCAAUACACCUGCUGCAAUCCAUCUGCUGCAAUACACCCGCUGCAAUACACCCGCUGCAAUACACCCGCUGCAAUCCACCCGCUGCAAUACACCUGCUGCAAUCCACCUGCUGCAAUACACCUGCUGCAAUCCAUCUGCUGCAAUACACCUGCUGCAAUACACCUGCUGCAAUACACCUGCUGCAAUACACCUGCUGCAAUCCACCUGCUGCAAUACACCUGCUGCAAUACACCUGCUGCAAUCCAUCUGCUGCAAUACACCUGCUGCAAUCCACCUGCUGCAAUACACCCGCUGCAAUCCACCUGCUGCAAUACACCUGCUGCAAUCCAUCUGCUGCAAUACACCCGCUGCAAUCCAUCUGCUGCAAUCCACCUGCUGCAAUACACCCGCUGCAAUCCAUCUGCUGCAAUCCACCCGCUGCAAUCCACCCGCUGCAAUCCAUCCGCUGUAA